UUUGUUUUUUCAUUCUCUCUGCACUCUUCUUUGCCUCUGCCUUAGCUUAUUCCCUCUCCUCUUCAGCCUCUCAUCAUUCUACAGAUUUAUCUCUUCAAAUCUCUGCUCUAAUUCUUAACCUUUUUCUCACUCUCUUAAUUUUAUCAUCUGGGUUUCUUUAUUUUCCCUUCAGAUCAAUUUUUUUUUUCUGCUUCCAUUAAUAUUCCAGCACUAAUCUGAGAGAGCCAGGAGAGCUGGACAAAGCAUCUGAUUAUGGGGGGUUUCUGGUGUUUUGAUUGGCUUAAUCUGAUUUUCGGAAAAUGGGUUCUUGCUUAAAGAUGCCAGUGUUGGCCGUUUCUUGGGAAGUCAGCUUCAUUUGAAAUUUAGGUCAGUAAAGCUUUUUGGAUUUGGAGAAUGGGUAGAGGCAGAGGAAAGGGAAAGAAACAGUCUGUUCGUGAGGAUCUUGGGAGUGGUGAAGAAGAGAAGAUGCCGCCUGUUAGGAGAAGAGGAAGACCACAGAAACCAUUGAAGGAUGAAAUAGAGGAGGAAGAGGAUGAAGUUGAAGUUGAGAAGGUAGCUGGAGAUGAAGAAGACGGCGAGAAUUUGAAAAGCACCAAAUCGAGCAAAGAUAGUAAUCAAGGUGUUGAAAAUGGCAAGAAGAGGAAGCGGCCUUCACAAGUGAAGGAGAAUGGGGACUCGGUUAAAGAGGAAAAUGGCGUGGGAACUAAAACCAACUCUAAGGACUUAAUAAAGUCGGUUGGGUUCAGACCGAAUGGGAGCAGAAGGAAGAGCAAACCUAGACGAGCAGCUGAAGUUGGGGUUGAGUGCAGAUGAACUUUGAGGCUCUAAUAGCUUUUUUUUUUCUAUAUUGGUUUAUAUGUGCUUUGCAAUUUUUGUUAUGUCAUAUGGCUUUGAUUUUGGAUACCCCCAUUUUAAGUUAAUGAAGAAUUGAUUUUUCU